AUGGCGCCAACAACGAAAGGCCCAGCAAAGCACAAGACCUCGGCCAAAGGCGACUCGAAGAACAAUAAAGUACUCGGCUCGAAAGUAAGCAAGAAGAAUGUCAAGCGACCGCCGCCUAAGGAAGUGAAAUCCAAAGCGCGCACCGAGCAGAGUCAACUUAAGAAAACGAAGAAGAGAGAAUACUCCGAGGCAGAGCUGGAUCUACCAAAGCUGAACAUGAUUACGCCUGUUGGUGUGGUAAACCCCAAGGGAAAGAAGAAGGGAAAGACGUUCUGUGAUGACCCGGAGGCGAUGAUGACGAUAUUUGCCAUGGUCAAUGCGGAGAAGGAGGGUCAGAUUGAAUCCAAGAUCAUGAAGGCUCGGCAAUUGGAGGAGAUCCGUGAAGCGAAGAAGAAGGAAGCGGAGGCGAGGCAGUCGGAGAAGAAGAACAAGCUGGACAAUGCCAAAGAGUCAAUCCGCAAUAGCCGCAAGGGCAAGGGUGGGGCUUCCGGCAACAAGUCAAAUAAGGCUGAGAAAGAAAGUCCAAAGCCAAAGUCUGGCGGCAAGAGAAAGAGUGUUGCGUUUGCCUGA